AUUGCAGGCGUGGGAGCCUCGGCCCCGCGCGGCUCCCUCCCGGCUCCCCGCGUCCUCCUUCCUUCCUCGCCCGGACGGACGCACUUCCGGCGGAUGUGGGGGGGGAGCGGCCCCCGGAAACGGAAGUGAGCGGCGGGGUCGACUGACGGUAACCUGGCUGAGGGCUGUUCGCAGAGCGGCUGAAGAUGAACUCCAGAGGACUUGGAUCUCAGCUGAGGGACAGUAUUCCAGUUACUGAACUUUCAGCAAGUGGACCUUUUGAAAGUCAUGAUCUUCUUCGGAAAGGUUUUUCUUGUGUGAAAAAUGAACUUCUGCCUAGUCAUCCUCUUGAGUUAUCAGAAAAAAAUUUCCAACUCAACCAAGAUAAAAUGAAUUUUUCCACACUGAGAAACAUUCAAGGUCUAUUUGCUCCACUGAAGUUACAAAUGGAAUUCAAGGCAGUGCAGCAGGUUCAGCGUCUUCCAUUUCUUUCAAGCUCAAAUCUUUCACUGGAUAUCUUGAAGGGUAAUGAUGAGACGAUUGGAUUUGAAGAUAUUCUUAAUGAUCCGUCACAAAGUGAAGUAAUGGGAGAACCACACAUGAUGGUGGAAUAUAAACUUGGUUUACUGUAACACGGUGUGCUCUUCAUGGAACGAGGGCUGGAUCUUGUUCAUAAUCGUCUUUUUACUUUAAUUUGAUGUACACAACAUUAAAAGUACUGACACAUGAGAGUUUCUGCUCAAGUAGUAUUAGUGAUCAUUUACAGUUAUUUAGGUCUCUGUUUAUGGCCAUGUGAUAGUUGAAAGCACUAAAGGGUGAUGAUUUCUAAAGCCCCUAAUUUAUAUUAAAAUAAUAGCCUUCUAUGUCUAAAAAAUGUUGCUCAUAAAUAUUAUAAAAUGGUUCACAGGUUCCAGUUCAACCUAUUUUCUAGAUAUUCUGUAAAUUUGAUUUUGAAUAACCAUAUCAGUAUUUGAGUCUAUAAACGUUGUAGUGAUAUCUUUCAGAAUAAACAUUUUAAACUGA